CAGGCUGCAAAACUGCGAGAGAAGCAGUGAUUGAAGCAGAGCCGAGCGGCGGUGGUGAAGACGGCCAUCUUAGAGCUGCCGCGGUCACCGACACCUACGUUUUUUGGGGAUUUCUACUUUUUCCGUCAGAGAAACGACACGCCGAGUGGACGCGGGAAGAAGACUGCGUUUGGCUUCGCUGCGGUCUAACUCGAAGUCGGGAUGCGGUUCCUGGGAAAUAAACAGCUAGCAUCCGCUGUCGGACUGGUCCUCGGACUAUUAUGUGCGGUGAAGGCAGCUAAAGUUAAUAAGCACAAACCGUGGAUCGAGACGACGUACCACGGGAUCGUGACGGAAAACGAUGACAAAGUUCUCCUGGACCCUCCACUCAUCGCACUCGACAAGGACGCUCCUUUACGCUAUGCAGAAAGUUUUGAGGUGACCCUCACCAAAGAAGGUGAGAUUUGCGGCUUCAGGAUCCACGGGCAGAACGUUCCUUUUGAGGCAGUGGUUCUGGACAAAUCCACCGGAGAAGGAGUUAUCAGGGCGAAGGACAAGCUGGACUGUGAGCUACAGAAAGAGCACACCUUGACCAUCCAAGCCUACGACUGCGGGGAAGGUCCCGAUGGGGCUAACAUGAAGAAAUCCCACAAGGCAACUGUUCACAUUCAAGUGAAUGACAUCAAUGAGUAUUCGCCCGUGUUCAAGGAGAAGACCUACAAAGCCACCGUUCUCGAGGGGAAGAAAUACGACAGCAUCUUGAAGGUGGAGGCAGUGGACGCUGACUGCUCAUUCCAGUUCAGCCAAAUCUGCAAUUAUGAGAUUGUGACGCCCGACGUGCCCUUCACCAUCGACAAAGACGGCUUCAUCAAGAACACAGAGAAACUGAGCUACGGCAAAGAGCACAUGUAUAAGUUGACCGUGACCGCCUACGACUGUGGGAAGAACCGGGCCUCCGAGGACGUGCUGGUCAAAAUCAGCAUCAAGCCCACCUGCAAACCCAGCUGGCAAGGCUUCAAUAAGAGGAUUGAGUAUGAGCCAGGUACAGGUAGUCUGGCCCUUUUUCCCAGCAUGCACUUGGAGACUUGUGAUGAGCCAGUCUCCUCAAUCCGAGCCAGUGUUGAACUGGAAACCAACCACAUUGGGAAAGGCUGCGACCGCGACACCUACUCUGAAAAGUCUCUGCACAAGUUGUGCGGGGCUAGUUCUGGUACCGUGGACCUCCUUCCAGCCCCCAGCAGCUCCACCAACUGGACAAUAGGGCUGCCCACCGACAAUGGCCACGACAGCGACCAGGUGUUUGAGUUCAACGGCACCCAGGCCAUCAAGGUUCCUGAAGGUGUCGUGAGCACCAACCUGAAGGAGCCCUUCACCAUCUCGGUGUGGAUGAGACACGGCCCCGGCGCCCACGAGAAGGAGACCAUCCUCUGCAAAUCUGACAAAACAGACAUGAACAGACACCAUUACUCGCUCUACGUCCACAACUGCAGGCUUAUCUUUCUGCUGCGCCAGGACCCCAGCGAGGCAGAGACCUACAAACCAGCCGAGUUUCACUGGAAGCUGGACCAGGUGUGUGACAAAGAAUGGCAUCACUACGUCCUCAAUGUGGAGUUCCCCACCGCCUCUCUGUUUGUGGACGGAACAACCUUCGAGCCCUUCCUCGUCACAGAGGACUACCCGCUGCACGCCACCAAGAUCGAAACUCAGCUUACCAUUGGGGCCUGCUGGCAAGAGAACUCAGGACAUGACAAUGAAACUGAGACGGCCCCUGAGCCCACCUCAGGUGGAAACGCCCGAAUGGCUCAGUUUUUCCGGGGGAACCUGGCCGGGUUGAUCAUUCGCUCCGGUAAACUGGAGAACAAAAAAGUGAUUGACUGCUUGUAUACCUGCAAAGAAGGUCUGGAUGUGCAGCUGCCGGAGGAGGUGGCGUCGUCUGUCAAGGUUGAGUUCAACCCGAACCAGUCCUCUCUGACUGUGGAAGGUGAAGACAUAGACGCCUUUGACAAAGUCAUGCAGCAUAUCUCCUACUUGAACUCCCGUCAGUUCCCGACUCCAGGCAUCAGGCACCUUCGAGUCUCCACCACCGUCAAAUGUUACAACGAGGACGCCUGCGUGUCCGUGCCAGAUGCUGAAGGUUACGUGAUGGUGCUGCAGCCAGAGGAGCCGAAGAUCAGCCUGAGUGGUAUCGACCACUUCGCCCGCAGCGCCGCCGAGUUCGAGAGUCAAGAAGGCGUGACGCUCUUCCCCGAGCUUCGUAUUGUGAGCACCAUCACUCGCGAAGUGGAGGCUGACGCUGAGCCCGAAGCUGCAGACGGAGCGGACGAUGACCCCACAGUACAAGAGACCGUGGUGUCAGAAGAGAUCAUGCACAACUUGGACACUUGUGAGGUCUCUGUGAUGGGAGAAGAACUGGACGGAGAGCACGAGAGCCUGGAGGUGGAUCCAUCCCAGCUGCAGCAGCAUGCCUUAGAAAUGAGCUCCUCUAACCUGGGCCUCGUCAUCACUGGUGUGAACACCAUGGCCAACUAUGAGCAGGUCCUGCACCUGAUCCGCUACAAGAACUGGCACACCGAAGCUCUGUUCGACAGGAAGUUCAAGCUGGUCUGCUCUGAGCUCAACGGUCGCUAUAUCAGCAACGAGUUCAAGGUUGAGGUGAAUGUGAUCCACACAGCCGUUCCCGUGGAGCACGCCAACAACGCCAUGGUGCAGCCCAACUUCAUCAACCCCGUCCAUCAUGCCUCCGUGGAUCUGUCGGGACACAACCUGAUGAACACUCACCAGGCGUCAGUGGUUCCCAGUGCCGCCACCAUCGUCAUCGUGGUGUGUGUCAGCUUCCUGGUGUUCAUGAUCGUUCUGGGCGUCUUCCGCAUCCGAGCUGCUCAUCAACGCACCAUGAGAGACCAGGAGAACUGCAAGGAGAAUGAGAUGGACUGGGACGAUUCAGCGCUCACCAUCACUGUUAACCCCAUGGAGACCUAUGAGGACCAGCACAGCAGCGAGGAGGAGGAGGAAGAGGAAGAGGAGAGUGAGGACGGGGAGGAGGAAGAUGACAUCACGAGCGCUGAGUCAGAGACCAGCGAGGACGAGGAGGGCGGCGAGCCGGAGGACCAGCAGGGAGCGAGCAGACAGCAGCAGCUGGAGUGGGAUGACUCCACCCUCACCUACUGAAACGCCAAACGCGCUCUGACACACAUCACACCUCCACCGCUUCGCACACACCCCCUCCCACAGUUUCAUGUCAAAGAGCCAUGAUAUAUAUAUAUUUAUAUAUAUAUAUUAAAAAAUCUCUCAGCUUGUAUCUGGUCGAGGCUUUCCUGUUCUUAUCUUCGUGGUGGUACUCCGUGUAGUGUAGUCAUCACCGGAUUGCUCAUUUUUGUUUUUUUAUUUAUUAUAAUUCCCUGGAAAACUCGUUUGUUUUGAACUGUUUGAGGAAGCCGACGCUGCACUUUCUGUUCUCAAAGGCUUUCAGAAGGAGACUCAUUUCCUUUCCUGGUGUAUAUUCCGCUCUAAACACUCUUUCUUAAAUUCUCGUCCACAAAGCAACAGAAUUUUAACAAGUAGCCUGCAGUUUCUCUUUGUUUUUACUACUUUUAGUGCAUGAGGAAAUUUGGGAAGUCUUAUGUGUAGAGAAACAAAUUACUUUUUAAAGUUUUUGUAAAUAUGAAGAAGAAACCAUGUAAUUAGUGUGUUAGUGAAGGCCCCCCCCAGGGGUCUACUAUCUAAACAGACUCAGUAUGUGAUGUAGAAAAUGUGUGUCCCACAGGCCGUAGCAUGUCGCUUCUUUUCUGCAAAGGCGCUCCCAUCACGCUUGUACAAAACUGCUGCCUCAUGACAAGAAACCCAGGACUGUUCUGCAGAGGUUUCCGUGGCAAAGUCAAAGUGACGUCCAUUUUGUCUGUUUUUUUUUCUUUUCUGCUGCGGGUGUUUUUGGAUUUGUUGUGAGUCGAUGGAGUCCCGGUGUUUGUGUUCUUUCAUUCCCGUAGAGCUCACCGUUGUACAGAAGGGACUUUUGUUUUUGUCUGGAGUAAUACGACACGCAGAGAAACACUUGUGCGGGAAACUACAUUUUGUGUCAAACAGCAGGUGGGCGGGGCUGUUGUUCUCGAAAUGUUGGCCGACGACUGGAGCGACUCAGCAGCUUUGAAGCUUUUUUUUUUUCCUCCGGUCGUGCUGCGCUAACAGGAGUACAAAAGAGAAACCUUUCAAACUACUGAAAGAGCAUCAUUUACCAGAUGGGGGAUAGUGGAGACAGGAUGAAUAGGGAAGUUGUUUGUGUGGAGAGAAGUAUACUAAUGUACUUUCAUCGGCACAUCUUGAAAAAUUCAAAGUGUCUUCUUCUGAUCAGACUUGUAUGGAUUGACCGUGUGGUUUUCAGGAGAAAAACACUUUAUUUGAAUCUUAAAUCUUGUUUUUGUAACAGACCACUAGAUUUUCUUGUAAAUGGAGCUGUACUUUAGAGUUGUUCUAAGAUAUUUGUUUACAUUUGGUAAACUUUACUUUCCUGCUGGUCGUAGUAUAACGCUUAUACAACCGUUUGGCCUGUCCUUCCUGUUGUAAAUAGAUUUUCACAUUAUGAAGCUCCCCCCACGUCAGCUGUUCGUCUCACGCAUUUGGGUGUUCAUUCUUGUGCGAUUUAAGGCAUUACAAUAAUAAGCAGAAAAGUGGCAUUACCCAGAUAAAAAAGGAGCUGCUGCCCAAACCUUUCCCUUUUUCUGCAUGUCGAUCCUGUCAGGGGGCCAAAACGGAUUCCAGGAAAGAGUUUGAUCGGUUGAUUCUUAAGGGAAAAGGAGUGUGGGUGUGUGUGGUGGAAGCGUAGUGACCAGUCUCCCCUCCGCGACGAGGUCUGAGUCGGCUAAGAAGGUGUGCCUUUUACCGAUGAUUAAAUAUGGACAGAACGUGUAUCCAUGCUUUUCAAUUUGUGGCAUUUUUAACACUAGAUUUCCGUGGUAGCUGCGGGGACAGACUUCAUGAGUCCACCACCAGUUCCAUCGCAGGUGCAAACAUUUUACAAAAGUGUCCUGUGUUUCUUGUUGAUGUGUAGAGAUAGUAGAUCCGUAUCGUAUCAUCUUUAUCUAUCGUGCUAAAUCAUGAAUCCACCUUAAAAAGAUGUACAUGGGAAUACUGUCUGCGUACAGUGGGAGGUCACAUUUGAAAUAAAGCAUUCUUUUGAGGGCAGCACGGCGUUCAGUCCAACAGUCAUGAAUCCACCGAUCCCGUUAGGGACGUGUUCACACUGACGACCGUCCGCAGGUCGCUUAUCUUUGAGCGAAGACUCACUUCCUGGUGUUUGAUGUUCAGAUUGCUCUGUAACACUGCAGGCGGGGAAUUCGACGCUGCCAUACACUACUGAUUCACAUCGCUGACACUCCAGAGUCAUUCUUAUUAUUUUGAUGUUUUAUUUGAAACAUUUGCUUGAAAUGGGGACAUUGGUGAUGUUAGUGGGGUCGGACGCUUCCUUUGUGCUUGGAGCUGCUCUCACUUUUCUAUCAAUUGAAAGGCGAAUUGUGGUGAAGUUGAUGCUUGCUCAUAAACAGAAUAAAGGAUGAGAUGGAAUAUAA